UAAUUUUUUACUAAAAUGGGAAUCUACAAAUCAUACAAAUAAUGUUACGUAUCAAGCUCGACAAGCAGCCCAAAAAAGUUUAGAGAAACAUUAUAAUACGUCACAUAAUAAGGUUAUUGAACAAAUAACAAGUCAGUUGGUUGUAAUGAAUCAAGAGCAGCUUGUUACAGUUUGUCAAAUGUUAUCUGAAUUUUCAAACAAUAAGUCCAUAACUGAUAAAGAACCAGAGAAACAUAUAGAUUAA